AUGGCGGCUGUUAAGAAGCCCGUGUUCAACAAGGACCAGCCCCUGCUCACCCACAUCAACUCCACCCACGCCGGCCUCAACCUCCAGGGUUGGACCAGCGGAGGCUGCCCCAUCACCGGCCUGCUGCUGGACUUCCGGCCCAAGGGCACGUGGGCGUGGCAGAGCGUGAGGGCCAACGCCACGGGCCAGUUGUUCCUCAGCGAGCUCCGCGAGGCCACCUGGUACGAGCUGAAGAUGAAGGCCUGCAACAGCGCCGGCUGCGGGAACCAGAGCUCGCAGUUUGCCACCACGGACUACGACGGCAGUACCAUCCCUCCCAUCAAGUCGGCCCGCGGGGAGGGAGAUGACGUGAAGAAGCUGUUCUCCAUCGGCUCGCCCGUCAUCCUGGUCACCCUGGGGGUCGCCCUGCUCUUCAUCAUCCGCAAGAAGCGCAAGGAGAAGAGGCUGAAGAGACUCCGGGAUGCUAAGAGUCUUGCAGAGAUGCUCAUCAGUAAGAAUAAUCGGAGCAUGGACACACCAGUGAAAGGGCCCCAGCCAGGUCCACGGCUGCACAUCGACAUCCCUCGAGUCCAGCUGCUCAUCGAGGACAAGGAGGGCAUCAAGCAGAUAGGUGAGGACAAGGCCGCUGUCCCAGUGACGGACACAGAGUUCAGCCAAUCGGUUAACCCGCAGAGCUUCUGCACGGGCGUGUCCCUGCAUCACCCCGCCCUCAUCCAAAACACGGGGCCUUUGAUCGACAUGUCCGACAUCCGUCCAGGAACCAAUCCGGUCUCCAGGAAAAGCGUGAAGUCGGCGCACAGCUCGAGGAAUCGCUACUCCAGCCAGUGGACCCUCAGCCGCCCGGGCCAGAGCCAAUCGACGGCCUCGGCGCGAACCCUGACCUCCGAUUGGCGCACCAUGGGGUCGCACGGCAUCACGGCCACCGAGAGCGACAGCUACAGCGCCAGCCUGUCCCAGGACACAGACAAGGGCCGCAACAGCAUGGUGUCGACGGAGAGCGCCUCGUCCACCUACGAGGAGCUGGCGCGGGCCUACGAGCACGCCAAGCUGGAGGAGCAUCUGCAGCACGCCAAGUUCACCAUCACCGAGUGCUUCAUCUCCGACAGCUCCUCCGACCAGAUGACCACGGGCACCAAUGACCCCGCCGACAGCAUGACCUCCCUGAGCACGCCGUCCGAGCCGGGCAUCUGCCGUUUCACCGCCUCGCCGCCCAAGCCGCAGGACUACGACCGCGGCAAGAACGUGGCCGUGCCCAUCCCCCACCGCGCGAACAAGAGUGAAUUCUGCAACCUGCCCCUUUACAUGAAGACAGACCCCUUCUUCCGGAAGCAAGGGGAGCUCCACGACCCGUGCCCGGCCGUGCCCCCCCGAGAGGCCUCCAUCCGCAGCCUGGCGCAGCGGGCCUACCACACCCAGGGCCGCCACAUGACUCUGGACCCUUCCAAGCAGCAGGCCCUGACACUGGGCCACUCCGGGCUGGGCAGCCUGGGGGUGAGCUCAGGCACGGCCACCCUGCCCCAGAGGACUCUCACCAUGCCCGGCUCCACCGCCGCGGCCACCGCCUCCACGUCCAGCACCAGCAGCAACCCCACCAACAGCAACAAGAUGGGGGGCUCCAGAGACUUGCUGCUGGAGAACAGCUCGUCGGCGCUGGGCAGACUGCAGAAGCAGGGCGUGGGGGCCUACUCCAAGUCGUACACGCUGGUGUAGAGCUCG